GCAGUCGGCCAUUGCCAUUUCCGCUUGUUUGCUGUCGGGACUCGGGCGUGCCAGCUGGGGCUAGGAUACGGGUUUUGUUGAACCAUUUAUCAGGAUACACAUAAAAUAUUUCAUCAGCUCUAGCUAAGUAGGCAAUUGAAGGUUUAAUAAAGGGUUCCAAAGUCACCGAAAACCAAAACGCGGAGAACCCCUGCCUGGUAGGCGCGGCGGGGCCCGUUCGACAUACGGCUGACGCAGUGACCUCUUAGUCAAGCGAUUUUGGCUGAAUAAAGGAUUUGGUCCUUAGAUAUUAGAGUGGCCUGCUGAGUCUGAAUUUUGCCGAACAUAUAUUACACGCGAAUCGCGGGAGGUAAUGGUGUAAGGAUCGUAUCUUCGGAGCUGCGGCGAAGUUGGGCGUCAUAAUUGUAUUCGACGCACAAUGUCUCGGAUCGACCCACUCAACCUUCUGAUAACUCUCAGUGUUCUACUGGGUCCUGAUGGUGCCAUUAAAAAAGAUCAAGAUGUUCAACGUGUUGUCAAUGUGAUGAUACGCUUCUCCAAGAAGUUGGUCAGCAAAUGCAUCUACAUCCAGAUUCUUUUGGCAACCAAAGGAGACCUGUUGGACGACUUCUACAGUCGCGGCGGCUGGGAGCUAGUGACUGGCUGGUUCAGCGACGCUUGUGAACGCGAGAACUGGCGUUUGCUCGAAGACAUGCUGCGCCUCUUCAAAGGGAGUCCAGUUACGGUGGAGCGUCUUAAGACAAACCACUGUCCCAAGCAGGUUAAACAUCUCAGCAAGGAGGCGCAAUGCGAAGAUGUCAGGAAGCUUGCUCAGGAAGUGGUCGACAUUUGGAUGAAAGUAAUCAAAGGAGAGCCGGGGACUAAAGAGAAGAAGAAAAGUGGCGACUCCGAAGAACGCAGAGAAGACAACACAUGGAAAAUGGAAAUGAGAAAUGGCAUUUUUGUGAUUAAGAAAGUUGACAUUGAUCAGUCAGCAACAGCGGUCAAGAGAGAUUCCAGCACUAGCGCUGAGGAGGAGGACGUCAAAGAAUCCACUGCGGAUGGUGACGAGGAUGGGGCUGAUGGCGGGAGUGGGGACAAGGAAGGGGAUGAGGGAAAAACCAAAAGGGAAGCACAGAACACCACCGAGAGUGGAGCCAUGGAAGUGGAUGGGGAGGAAGGGGCUAAGGGUAAAACUGAGGGCGAGGGGAAUGACAAAUCAGCUUCCACAGAACCUGCUAAAGGUGCUUCAUCUCCCGCCACUGGGAAAGAUUCAGACACCAAAUCAAAGGGUGAUAGCGCCAAGAAAGAUGAUGAGUCGAAAAGUCCGAGGGGCAAGAAGCGGGAGCAUUCCUCGUCUCGCUCUGAUAGUAAAAGUAAGAGGAAAAGCACGGACAAGAGCUCCGACAGAGGCUCUGACAAGAGCUCUGAUAAGGGGUCAGAUAAGAGUUCAAGCUCCAGAGACAAGUCGAAGAGUAGCUCUAGCUCCAAACAUUCCAGUAAGGAGUCAAGUCGUCACCGAAAGAGUCAUAAGGAUCACAGAGAUCGACAUAAGAGCCGUGAGAGUGAAAAGCAACGCGAAAGAGAAAAGGAGAAAGAACGCGAAAGGAAAAGGCAAAGCGAAAAGGAUAAGGAGACCUUGGCUAAGGUUCAGGGUGUCGGUCUAGGUAAAUUGGGGGCGAUUCCGAAGAAGAAGCCUACAGAUCCUGAGAAGAAGGGCUCGCCCGGAUCGGCUGGGUCGGCGGCGGCUGCGGCGGGCGAAGGCACGGCGACGGCGAAGAAGCCGCUGCUCCCCACGCCCAGCGACCGUCGGGCACCCACCGUGAAAACGUUCGGCGCCAAGUUCCGCUCCACCGGUCUGGAGGAGGCCUCGUCGACGGCGGCGGCACCCAAGAGGAAGCCGGCCGAGGUCGUACGCCCGCCGCUGCCGCCGCCGCCCAAGCGCGCUCCGGCGCCCGAGCCAACGACCGUGUCUUCGGCCGCCGAUAAGCGGGCGCGCAUCGAGCAGCGGCCGCCAGUUGAGCGGCCCGGUGGCAUCAAAGUGAUACCACCGAAACCGCUGCACCUGCAGGAGGCCUCUGGUUUCAUGGACGCCCUGAACGCCAGCACGGAUGUCAAGCGGAAGGUACCGAAGCGGACGCGGCGGCUCUCCUCGCGAGAGGACUCCAAGGAGGAGAAGAAGGGGGAGACGACGCCGACCACGCCGCCGGCGGCCACCUCUCCCGUGGCCGCCAAGCCGCUGCUCAAGUUUUACCAAGACACACAGCAGGACCAGGAAGAGGAGGAUAAGAAAGAGAAGGAAGAGGAGGAAAAGAAGCCCGACGCUGACGCUGAGAAGGCCGAGGGCGAACAGUCGCCAGCCAAAGACGCUGGAAAGGAGCCGAGCGAACCGGAUGAAGAGGAGCGAGCGCCGACCCCUCCGACCAUCCCGCUGGAGCGGCGCCCGUCGGAGGCCGAGCCCGAGCCGCGCGCCUCGCCGCCGCGCGAGCCGGGCCAGCCGCGCGGUGUGCUCGUCUACCACCGGCCGGCGGCGAGACGCAAACUGUCGGUCCGCUGGCGGCCCGACAACCAGCUGGUCGAUGUCAGCUACUUCGACCUGGACGAGAACGAGCGGGUGAACGUGAACCGCGCCAAGUUCAUGGAAAUGCAGGCCAUGGAGAAGAUGCGCGAGCGGGAGUUCCUGCGGCGCGCGCGCGGCUCGCGGGACGACGGCAUGGCCGAACAGAUGGCCUGGCAGAUGCUGAUUGUGGUGGACAAGCCGCCGCCGCUGGCGGCCCCCGGCGCGCGCAGCCAGGAGCGGGCCAUACAGGAGGAGCGCGAGCGCUCCUCGCUGCCGGCCUUCUUCAACCCCAACAUGCUGCCGGACACGCCGUCGGAGCCGGAGCCGGAGCUGCACCACGAGCGGACGCCGUGCCGACCCGUGCCGCUGGACGACGACCAGGGCGGCGCCACGGUCAAAGACCACUCGGCAGACGGGUGGCCCGAGCCGCGACCAGAGCCGCGCGCCGCCAUGCUGCCGGCGCCGAUGGGAGGUCCCGGCGGACCGCCCGGCCAGAUGCCGCCACAGAUGAUGGGACCCGGGAUGAUGCCGCCGCCCAACUCCUGGGGUCCUUCCGGCCCCAUGCAGCCCGGCAUGGACCCCAUGAUGCCCCCGGAUAUGAUGGGCGCCCCGAUGGGCAUGCACGGCCCGAGUGGGUACGGCGUGCCGCCGCGGCCCAUGGGCCCUCCCGGCGGCGGCUGGGGGCCCAUCACGCCGCCCAUGGGCCCCGGCGGUAUGAUGUCCGGUCCGACCGGCAUGAUGGGCGGUCCGGGCGGCAUGAGUAUGAUGUCCGGGCCCGGGCCGCGGCCCCCGUACGGCGGCGGAGGUGGCGGCGGCGGCGGGUACCGGGGCGGCGGCCGCGGCGGCUGGCGGGGCAGCGACGACCGCCGGCCGCGACACGAGACCCCCUGCAAGCACCACCUGUCCGGCUUCUGCCGUAAAGGUGUAACGUGCCACUUCCUUCACCUGCCGCGCAACGGCGGCGGCGGCGGCGACUCGCCUCGCGGCCGCAGUGAGCCGCAGCGCGGCCGCGUGCGGGACGAGUACGUGUGAGCGGCUGAGCGGACCGCGGAUCUACAGACUUGUGUGAUGUGGUGCCACGGCGGCCGGUGUGCCGUCGCAGUACAAACGGACUGGGAGGGCACCGGUCGUGCCUAGGGUCAGGCCGCGCCGAGUGUCCUGUCGUGCUGUGUUAUCGCGUGAGGGGUCUUGUGUCGCGCAUGUCUCGCCUGUUACUGCAUUGCUCGCCCACGAUUGAGUGUGUGUGAUCUGACUUGCAUUGCUCAUCGAUUAAUCGUGGAUGUAUUUUAUUACCGUGCUAUGCUCGCGUAUUGUUAUAUUGUGACAAUAAAUGCUAUUGAUGA